AUGGCGGACGAGGGCGCCGAUGAGGUGAAAGUGUUUCGACGAACCGACGCCGAAGACCUCGAGACGAACGCUCAAUCGAGUCACCAAUUGGCCGAGGAUAAAAAAGACGUCGUCCUCGAAACCGAGCUUGAAUCCAGACCCAACGGUGACCCGUUGAUAGGUUCGAAGACUGGAGCAUUUGUGAAACCUAUUCCAUCGCCAAGUUUUGCGAAUUUAGCUAAUCUUCAGAAUGCUACCGCGUACAGUCCAAGCUUCGGGUUACCGUUUAUGAUGCCAUGGAUUAUGGGGCAACCGUACGGUAUGGGUAUGAGGGCGCCAAUGUCGCCGUCGUUUGUUCCAUGUGUGAUGCCGACGGCAUUAAGUCCACAUAAUGUCGAAAUGUAUCGUCAAAUGAUGAUGAUGAAUGGUCCAUGCAGUCCCCUAUACGGUAGUAUGGCGGCUGCCGGAAUGAAAAUGGAUGUGCCGCUCGCGGCUAGCAUGAGAACGUCGAAUCCUCUUAAUCAAAUGAAUCAAAUGCGCUUACCAUUUGUCGGUUCGCCGAUCACAUCUAUGGCUAACAAUAUGACAAACGAUGGUUUGCGACGAACACGUGAUGGAAAAGUUAAAAAAGAGGACCACAUCAAAAAGCCGCUUAAUGCUUUCAUGUGGUUCAUGAAAGAAAAUCGACCAAAACUGAUGGAAGAACUGGGCUAUAAAGAGAAACAGAGUGCAGAGCUUAACAAAGAGCUGGGAAAACGAUGGCACGAUCUACCUAAAGAAGAGCAACAGAAGUAUCAUUUUAUGGAUUCAUCGGAAUUAGAUGUUCUUCGUUGUUCUUUAAUCUCGAAAUGUUCGGUUACUAACUACUAG